UCCAAGCAAAAGGGCGGAGACAGCCGCGUCUCGCCCUUUCCAUCACGUGCGGAAAGCAAAUCCUCCCGCGGCAGCCGCGCUCCAUUUGCACGAGCCGAGCGGCGGGGCUGGGGCUGCUUCUCCCCACUCCAGGCACCAUGAAGAUGCAUUUCAGCAUCCCCCUUUCAGAAGACCUGCUGGAGAAGUUUGGGGGCCGCUACGUGGUGAACUGUACUCUGUGUAUUUGGAAGGAUUUCUUUUCUGCAAAGUACGUUACAGUCAGUUACACCACUGGAAUGAGCAGUUAAGACAGGUCUUUGGGAGAGGUAUUCCUUCAUUUCCUCCAAAGUUUUACCUUGCAAUGACGCAAUCAAUGGCGGAUGAAAGGAGAGCUCAGCUGGAACAGUAUCUACAGAAUGUGUCUAGUGAUUCAAGUGUUACGAACAGUGAUGUCUUCAUUAGUUUCUUUAGGAAAUUACAGUUGGAUACAUUUAAAAUCCAACCUGAACAAGCCUUUCUAGAUGUUUACCUUGCUGAUGGGAGACAUCUGAGAAUGGAUAUUCAAACAUCAGAUACUGCUGAAAGAGUGCUAGAGGUCAUGUCCUACAAGAUUGAGCUCUCAAAAAAACUAGUAGGGUAUUUCAGCUUAUUUCUUAUUCAGGAUCAAAAUGACGGAAAGUUUUCUGUGUUGAAAAAGCUGGCCGAAUUUGAACUUCCCUAUGUGAGUCUUCAGAGUGUGAAAGAGUCUCCUUGUAAGAUUGCGAUCAGAAAGUGGUAUAUGGACCCUUCCCUUGAUAAAAUACUUAUGGACUGUAGAACUUCUGUGAACUUACUUUAUAUACAGGCACUGCAAGAAACCGAGAGAAAGUGGAUCGUGCCCACUGCUGGACAGAUGCAGAAACUUCAGGUGCUCCAAAAAGCCCUAAACAAAAUUAAGUUUUUAGAGCUGAUUCGGGAGGUCCAGCACUAUGGAUACAUGCAACUGGACCCUUGCUCCUGUGACUAUCCAGAAGUAGGCUGCACUGCUGCUAUUCACAUAGGAAAUAAUGAGCUUAGCUGCCAAAUAAAGUUGCCUAGCGACCAGAUCAAAGAGGUCAACUUCAAGAUCAACAGGGUGAGGUGCUGGCAAGUCACUUUCCUAGGAUCUCUUUCAGGCCAAGGGCUUGACCAGGUCUUGGAGUUCAGGUUCGAAUACAAUGAUUCUGACAGGUGGAGAUGGAUUGUCUUUAACACAAAACAGGCAUUUCUCCUCAGCAGUUGUUUUAAAAAGAUCAUAUCGGAGCAGCUGACAAUGACAGCCAAAAGCGAUCAAGAUAAGCACAUGGAGUUGCUGGAACCAGGUCAAGCUAAGAAGCAAAGCAGUCAUCCAACCCAGCUAUUUCAUUCUGGUUUUAUGCCAAGAAAAAGGCUGUCUGACAGAUCAAGUGAGGAAGACUGUGUGUUUGAGGAGAUAAGAGAAGAAGACUUGUGAUCAGCACUGUGAAACUGGCGUCUCUUCUUUUCGUUUGUUAAAUAAGGAGCAGCCCAUAAAUGUGUGUCACACGUUUUGGUUGUCAGCAGUGCUCUUUGUUUCCAGAGAGAGAGAGAGAGAGAACAUUUUUAGUUUUGGUAAUUCAAAACAUCAUUUAGACCCUCCUGGGAACCAUAAGUUGCUACAACUUGAAAGAGAAAUGUUAAUAUUUUGUACAUACACGUAGUUUUAUUUUAAAAGUACCCUGGGCUUUACAAAUGGACACAUCAUUUGUCAUGAAUCAAAGUAACAUUUUUAAAAAAAUGUUUUCCAAAAAUAUCAGGAGUGCAGCUACAGCAGCAUUCUCUGCAGUUCCAUUCCAAACUAUGAAAACUACUGAACUAAAGAUUUCCACAUUUCUUUCUAGAACCUGUUACAUGCAGAUUUUCAUCUGAUAUGCCUUUGAGCUCUGUUCCCCUUCCCCCAAUCUUGGUGCUAAUUGCAAUAAAUUAUUUACUGGAAUACUG